AUGAUUCAAUCUUACACUGAUAUCGCAGUGGUGUGCGGAGCUUCUGCCAUUGACCUGUCCAUUCACAUCUGCCCAGUUAUCUACUGCUGAUACCACGACAGUUUACUCAUCCUAAACGGCAUCCAGGGAAAUGUGGCCUGUGAGGGGGCACUUGACACCUCAGUGGUACCUCCUGUAGUGAUGAGAUUCAGCCUCCCCAUCAGGGAAGGAGAUGUUUGUGCAAGUAACUUCAUGGGGAGCAUUGCCCAGGGACAGGGAGUAUCCUCCGACUUCUCCAACAUCCAGUUGAACGUCAGUGGAGUGGUCUGAUCCUCUGACCCCACCACAGGGACCAUCACGUACAACGCAGAGCUCAAGUGCUUCUACUCGUGUGCUUAUCCUCUGAAGUAUCUAAUCAACAACACCCAGGUGCUGAUGUCAUCCUCCUCCAUUGCUUUGAAGGACAACAAUGGAAGCUUCAUCAGUUCUCUCAGCCUGGCCUUAUACGAGGAUAUAAAUUACACCACGCCCUUCGUCAUUCCACCCCUGGGCAUCGAACUGAGAACUAAUGUCUAUGUGCAGGUGGUUGCAGUCAAUCUGACUUCACAGUACUUUGUUCUACUGGGAUGGUGCUAUGGCUCAGUAUCCCCCCAACCCUCCAACUCCACCUUCUUUAAUCUGUUGGUCUCGUGCUCCAAAGACCAGCUGACUACCAUGCUCCAGAACAGGGACAGCCAGAGGGCUCGCUUUUACUUCCCGGCUUUCCGCUUCACCGGGCAUCAGAAUGAGACCAUCUCCACCUACUAUUUGCACUGCAUCACCAGCUGUGAGCGCAGCACUUGCAGCACUUUCGAGGAAGGAGAGCAACACAUGCAUUUCAAGCAGAAAUCUCUAAUUCAAGCCAGAUCCUCAAUUUAUGUCUCACCACCUGCUCCGUCUGGCGGUCAGUCUGAUGACAAGGGAGCGUCUGUUGGCCUGAUUGUGAUGGGUGUGGCAGCCAUCUCCAUGGCGACGUCUUUUUAUGGAAAACUGAAGCGGCUCAGAUAG